UUGUUUCAACUACUGGCUAGGAGGCGGGACAUAAAUGUGUUGCCCCUAAGGCACCUAGAUUAUGUGUUUGGACUGCAAUUGGAAGAGAUGUCAUUCACUACAGAAAUUGAAGCUGUGCGUGAUGAUGGUUUUGAGGGAUCACCGGAUGAGCACCGCAUAUUUAAAGAGGUUUUCUUUGGAAAUGAUACUGGUAGCUCAAGUAAGAGGUGUCUUGUUACUGGACUUAUUAACUUUGAAAGUGAGCACACCAAAAAUGUGGAUACCUCACUGUGUUCUAACAGUGAAAACUCAGAUGUAACUAGUCCAUCCUCCUCAAGCUUUGUGGAAAGACAAGCUUUGACAGAGACGCAUGAGCAGAACAUGAGUGUCAAGCACAUGAAGUAUUCUGCCAAUGAAAUAUCAAAGGGCAAAGCAGAGAGGGAUAAUAUUUUGACCAAAUCAUUGAAGCAGAAAGAAACUGUUACUGGCUUGUCCUGUCCACCUACAGAGUCUGCUUGCCAAAAUGUUACUCUCCACUUAGUUGAAUCAUCCAGUCAGGGGGUUACUUAUGGGUGCUAUCUGUUAAAGCAGCGUGGAGAAAUGGUUAGACGUUUUGACAUGGAUGUUAAAAAGUCUAGAUUACAAAAAUCAGAUGCAAGGGUGCAUAAAGAAGUGGUUGUUUGUAAAGCUAUUGCUUCACCCGUCUCCCAGGAGAGUUUUGCAUCCAGGCUUGUGGAUGCAAGUCAGUCUGCCACUGCUUUGGAGAAGUUUGACUGUCCUUUACCUGAGGAAAAACCCGGAGAGUUCGACUUGCCUGGACUGGAUGAAUCUAGCAUUUCACUGGAAACAGAUUCUAAGAAGGAUCCUCGCCUACUUCUCCAAAGCCAUGCUUUUGGCUUGCUUAGACAAGCAGGCUGGAGUAUUGAGAAGCGUAAGAGACCUUGCAGGAAAUAUGUGGAUACAAUUUAUAGAUCACCCAAGGGGAGGGUGUUUCGUGAAUUCAGUAGAGCGUGGAGAUCUUUUGGUCAGAGUCUGCUGGCUGAUAGAUACAACUUUAUAAUAAAGGAAAAUGAUGGUAGGUUAUACACUGAUAUUAGUCAACUGUGGUCGGAUCUAUUAAAUACAUUGAAGGAUAUUGAAAAGGAAUCAAAUCAAACAAAUCUCUCUGACGCGUUGGUUCAUUGGUGGAAUGUUUUAGAUCCCUUUGUGACUCUUGUAUUCAUUGAUAGGAAGAUUGGUUCGUUAAGAAAGGGAGUUGAAGUAAAAGCAGCACGGAGCUUAGUAAGUGACAUGACAAAGAAAAAUGAUGUUGAUACAGCCCUGAAUAUUAUGGAUACUGCUGGAAAUAUAUUUUCUCAGGGAGAAGUCCUGGCUCAUCUUUGUGAUUCUUCUCUGCCUUGUAAAAGUUCAUUGACCGCUUCUGAGAGAAGUAACCAUGCCUGUGACAAGCAGUCUGGUGACAGGAUUUUCUCAAAAUAUUGUUGUGAAAAAGACAGUGGACUGGUUAAUUGUCUUACAGGCAUUUCAAUAUGUGUGGCUGACAGAGUAGGAAGGGGUAUGGUAGAUACUGCUAAUGAGUCUGAAACUUUUGGUAGCAAGAUAAAUUGUAUUAACAUGACUUCUUUACCAGCUUGUGGGUCAGAUAGCACCUGUGUCCAGUCUGAUAGUUCUCACUAUAGAGAUCUUGUUGGUUCUGAAUAUAUUAAUAACAUGUUUGGGGGUUUUGAACCUAUUUCCCCUAAUCAAGAUAGCAACCCUAGUUUUCCAAGCUCUUGCAAACUAACUUCUCAGCCCAAUGUGGAAACAUCAAAACAAUUCCUGGGAGAUGUGUCAGUGGAGUCUCAGGAGGAAAAAAAUGAAACAUUUAACAUUCCAGGUAUUUGGCAGGUGGGAAGUUAUUUGCAUCACUCACUGGGUAACCAUCCUCCAAUCCACUUGAGUGUUGACCUGAUUUGUUCUGAAAACAGUGAAGAAGAGUGUGACAAGGGCACUGAAGCUUCAGAAUUUGAAACUGAGGAUAAAAGUUCUUUAGCAGUUGUUCAUUUGAGAAAGGCAUACAGGAAAUCUAAAAGGGUAUCCAGAAUUAAACUGACCACAUUAUAUCAAAGUGAAGUUUUAUGUUCAAAUUCUCUUGAUCAAAGUGAACAGCAGGAUGUUCAUGCAAAUCAGACAGAGUUGAAGUUGAAAGUUCAAGAGUCACAUGUAACAAAAGGAGGCCACAAAAAGUCCUCAUCUCUUGGCUCUUCUUUGCGUCAAGUUGAGAAAAAAGGCUCAAAGUUUAAGAAGAUCCACCGUGAUUUUGUUGGUUGUAAAGAUGGACGGAAGAAAUCAACUAAAUGCCAAAUUAAAGAUGAUGAUCUCCUGGUUUCUGCCAUAAUAAGAAACAAGGACAUUGGCUUUGGUGUCACCAAAUCUAAAGGGAAGGGUGGGAAAUCAAGAGCCUGGACAAAGCUCAAGAACAAAAAAGGUAGCUGCCGGUUGCUUCCUCGAAGCACAGGAAAGGUGGGGAAGCAUUUUACGGAUAUUAAGUGGUAUAAUUUUGAAUCCAGAACAGUGCUGGCAUGGUUGAUCCUAGCUCAGGUGAUUUCUCUUAAUGACAUCAUUCAAUAUCGGAAUCCCAAGAAUGGUACUGUCUUAAAAGAUGGCCUUGUCACCUGGAGAGGCAUAAUCUGCAAGUGUUGCAACAGGAUGUUAUCAGUUUCUGAGUUUAAGAUACAUGCUGGAUUCAAGCUAAACUGUCCUUGCCUGAAUCUUUUCACGGAAUCAGGCAAGUCCCUCACUUUAUGCCAGCUGCAAGCAUGGUCUGAUGAGUACAAGACCAGGAAAAGUCAGAAUCAAAUUGUGGAACCCAAUGAUGAUCGAAAUGAUGAUUCGUGUGGAGUUUGCGGUGAUGGUGGCGAAUUGAUCUGUUGCGACAACUGUCCUUCAACUUUUCAUCAGCGUUGCUUGUCUAUUGAGGAGGUACCUGAAGGCAGCUGGUAUUGUUCAAACUGCACCUGUCAAAUAUGUGGGAAGUUGGUUAAUGAUAAAGAUCUGUCAGGCACGCUUGAAGGGUUCAAAUGUUCGCAGUGUGAGCAUAAAUAUCACGUGGCAUGCCUGAAAGAUAAAAGCAUGUUUGAGGCAAAGUUUUCUGGCCCUUGGUUUUGUGGUAAAAACUGUGAGAAGGUGUACACAGGACUCAAUUCUCGCCUUGGAAUCAUAAAUCCUAUUGCUAAUGGCUUUUCUUGGACACUUCUCAGAUGUAUUCAGGAAGAUCAACAAGUUCGCUCUGCAAAACGUUUAGCAUUGAAGGCGGAAUGCAACUCAAAAUUGGCUGUUGCUCUAUCUAUUAUGGAGGAAUGCUUUCAGUCUAUGGUGGAUCCAAGAACAGGCGUACACAUGAUACCCCAAGUGUUAUACAGUUGGGGGUCAGAUUUUGCACGCCUGAAUUUUUGUGGAUUUUACACGGUGGUCUUGGAGAAGGGUGAUGCCCUGAUAUCUGUAGCAUCCAUCAGGAUACAUGGAACAGCAGUUGCAGAAAUGCCCCUAAUUGCAACUUGCAGCAACCAUCGACGCCUGGGAAUGUGUCGACGCCUUAUGGAUGUUAUUGAAGAGAUGCUGAUGUCAUUCAAGGUGGAAAAAAUUGUGAUAGCUGCCAUUCCGAGUUUAGUGGAAACAUGGACUGUGGGUUUUGGCUUCAAACUGAUGGAGGAUGAAGAAAAGGAAACCCUCAAUAAUAUCAAUUUGAUGGUCUUUCCAGGGACAGUACUGCUUAAGAAGCCCCUGUAUCAAUCUCCAAAAUCAAAUAGAGAAGCACGAUCAGAUGAUCCAUCCCCAUCGGGACAAGGUCAAUCAGUUGAAAUGGGAAUCUCCCCCUUCGGAGAUUCCCCCACUGAGUUGGUAGAGCUAUUGGGUAACAACUGCUUCCUUGACGAGACCAAUGUUAAUGUGGAAGAAUUUGACAUUGGUGGUGAAAUGGAACUCACCAAUAAUGACAGUGGCAGGCCAAGUAAUAAACUGCACAUGGGAGUGGUUGAAACAACCAUAUCAGAUGCUUGUAUUACAUUGGAGCCUGUUCAUAACGAGUCUGUUCAGCAGCCUGAAAAUUACUCCUGGACCAAGCUCGAAAACAGAAAUACAGGAAACAAGAUCACUCAUGACCCUAAGGUUGGCACUGUACCAGAAACUGGCUAUGCACCACAAUCCGAUGAUGUCUGUCAUGACAAUGAUGCCAGCACUGAAACGAAAGACUGGGAGGAGUCUGAACAGCAACCGGAUUGUAACCAUUUUGAUAAUGCAGAUGCUGAAAUAGAUAUUAUUAUGGAUUAGUAGGAGGCAAGAAAAUGCAUGAAGUUGGUGAAGGCCAAGAAGGUAGUAUUUUGAAGGAACAAUUUUCAAAGCUGUCCUGUGAAAAGGCAGGGCUGAGAGUUUCUAGUGUUAAUGUUGCUUGUAUAAAGGAUGAUGAGAUGCAGCUUCCUUUUGGACAAAAAGCUGCAGAAAUCCUGUGAGUUGGAUGAUUAGUUCUAAUUCAGAAAUAACAUUAUAAUUUUGGGAAAACUGAAGUGCUUCCCUUGUUUGUGUCUUGAUUUGAUUAUUUUUAGCUUUCUUAUAAAAGUGAAUUAAAAUC